GGCUACACUCCACACUGGUCCAGGAGUUAGUUUGCGGACCUCUGUGGCUGGGCUUUGAGCGGUGGUCUGGGGAAAAGGCUGAAGCACAAACCUCGACAACAACCGAUACACACAAACGCCUAAGCUUCAGUUUAAAAGUUGACCUUCAGAACUUUGGCGGAAGACCUAAAGUACAAGUUAAACAGGUUUUGCAGUUAGCCAAGAAUGGCAGAUUUAAGCCUUGGUGAUGCUCUCUGUGACAGUCCGGUCUCUGGAGUUGAAGAGCCGUUAAUAAAGCGUGACUUUGUUGAAGCCCUGGAAGCUGAGAGCUUUGAUGAUGUUGUUGGAGAGACUGUGGGGAAGAGUGACUACCGACCCUUGUUGGACAAGGAUGAUGUUAAUACUCCAUCUGAAGGCAUGGUGGCAAGUGAGAAAACUAUACUGGAAAAUGGAGAACAUGAUGGUGGGAAAGGAAAAAAAGCAGAUUUCCUUUUGGAAAGUUUGAAGGAUGAGGUGCCUACACCAGAUCAGAAUGUAGCAAUGGAAGCAUUGAUAGACCCCCAUCAGAAUCUUUUAGGAAAUACACCUGCAGAUAUAAACUCUGUAUCAACAGAAAGUGUCUUUCCACCUGUAUCACCUGGAAUGAAAGAUACUUUGUUUUUUUCAUCUGCUAAGGAACCGACACCUGCAGUUCUAGGGCCAGGGCAACUUGAUGGCAUGACUCCUAUCCCACAUACUGGAUAUGUUCAGAAUGAGAACAAGUCUGCAACUGAUUACAAACCCUCAAAAUCACCAGGUGCAGAUCUGUCUACUACUAUUGACAACCCUAGUGAUCAGACACAGAAAACAGUUAGUUCUACAGAAGAGAUAAAAAGUCUAACCAGCAAAAGCCCAGGGUCUCCAGAACAGCAACUGAUAAGCACAAGUGGGAUCUCUCAAACAGAAACAGCUGACACUUUUCCUGCAAUGUUGCCUGGAAGGCCCAGGCAACAACAGAAUAUAAGAGAUUUCCAUCAAGACCUACCUGUCUUUACACCUAGUGUUUCCACUGUGAUUAGCAAGCAUACUAAAGAAAAAAGAGACUUAACAAAUGAAACAGCAAUAAGUUACAUGUCCUUGGCAGAUGUUGGUCCUAGCCAAAGUACUCAAUAUGAUCUUCAACAGCCUACUUACACAGUUAAACGACCAAUUAAGAGCUUUCACUCUGAUGAAAAUAGUGCUUUCCAGGUUGACACAAAAAACAUACAACACACUAGUCACAAUUUUCCAUCCCUAGAGAUGCCAUCGAUUGGUAAAAUUGGCUAUAGUGAAACAUAUUCAUUUAGUGAAAUCCCUGAAAUACUAGAAAGUGAAGUGGGUGGAACUGGCUUGGAAAGAAAGUUGAAGAAGAAAAAGAAAAGAAAGCAAAAAAAUCCUGAACAGGAAGAGCCUCUUGUGAGCAAAUCUCACAGAAAACCAUACUUUCCCCUUGAUUCAUCACCAUUAGAUUUCACAAAAAUACAAGAUGGAGCUGAUAAAUUUGGCAGUUUUGGUGCUGAUGGUGAUUCUUAUUUGGAAAGACAUGCUACAAGUGCAAAAGAGACCUCUGUGAAUGAAUGGUCAAGGAUAACUAUGGAUAAUUCUGAAUUUCAAACUCGGAUAUCAGAAGGUUCAUGUGCUGCUGUGAUGGAUAAUCCUAUUUACAGCAGAGAGCAAGAUGAAGAAGUGCUUAGGGGAACUAAGAGCAAGAAAAAUAAGCAGAAGAAGAAAGUUGUUGAACAGGGAAUGGAAGGUAUAACUAGAGAACAAUUCACUGUACAAGCAGAAAAGCUUGCGAACAAGAACACACAUUAUUCUGUGCCAGAGUCAGCUUCUGGUCUUGAUGAUACACUGCUCCAAAGCACAUUAGAAAAGAUUGAUAAUGAGAGUGUUGAACAGAAAAGUGAUCAUGACAACACUGCAGGAAAAGUGAACUUUAAUAAAGGUCCUUUAGAUAAUAUUCAGUAUGACAUGAAGGAGAAGAAGAAAGUGCAUAAGGCUGCAAAAGAGGGAGCUAUAGACUUUGUAGAAGGAAAAGAGAGAGUUCAAAAAAUGGAGAAGCACUAUGCUGAUGGUAAAUGUAAGGUAAAAGUUAAGAGUAAGGAUCAAAUGAAGACUUACGAUGGGAGAAAUGGAGAUAAUUUGUUGGAAAAUAGUAACAAUGAGAUUCACAAGUUGAUCUCAAUGGAGGCUAGUGAUGUAAAGGUGGAUUCUUGUAAUGAAGAUAAGAUUUCUCCUGUUUCUGUAAAGAAGGUUUAUGAUGAAGAGAACAUAGAAAUGUUAAGUGAAAAUAAAGGGGGGAAGGUUCAUAAGUUAAUGUUAGAAGAAGUAAGUGUGAGUAUAGGAAUUGGAUCUAGUAAGGAAAAACAGAUUUCUCCAGUUGAAUCACAAAAUGUGGAUGAUGCAGCGGCCAUAGAAGAAUUACUUAAAGUUAAUGAACAAACAUUUCAGAAAGUGUUAGCUGAAGAGGUUAAUGUAAAAAAAUGUACUUCUAAGAGUAAAAGUGCUCCUUUGUCCAUAUCUGCAAGGGAAUGUGUAGGUAAAGACAACAGAGACGAUUUUCAAAUAAAAGGAAAAGAAAAAUGUGACAAUGUGGCAUUAAUCCAGUCCUCUAAUAUUGGGUUUGACAAUUCUGCAUUAAAGGAGGUGACAGCUGCAGAUAGUUUGGAAAACCCGUUUGAAAAUGUAGAAGGUAAAAUUCAAUCUCAUGCAGAAAACAAGACAUAUAGUGUUGCAGAAAAAUAUGACUUGAGUGAAAACAGCUGCCCAAGAAGAAAAGAAGAAGCUAAUCAACUAGAGAUUCAGGGGUCCUAUAUGAAAGUAGAAGUUCCAAUUCCUGAUACAGGGGUCAGUAUGACUUCUGAUGCAGCCACACAUGACCCCAAAGUAAAAAAGGCCAUUGAUGUUGAUACAAAGAAGUUUUUUGGGGUCGGUGAAGAAUCUCAGAAUUUAAACAGUGUUCAACUCCCCAUGAUUUCUGAAUUUAAAAGAUCCAAAGAUGAGCAGAAAUCCACUGCCAGUAAUAGUAAGUUUGUUGAAAAUGUAGAAGAUGAAAUUCAGUCUCAUGCAGAAAACAAGGCAUAUCGUGUUGCUGAAAAAAAUGAAAGUGCCACUCAAAUAAAAAAGGAAGAAACUAAUAAACCAGAGAUUCAGGGAUCCUGUAUGAAAGUAGAUGUUCUAAUUCCUACCACAGGUGUCAGUAUGAGUUUGGAAUCAACUGCCUUUGACUCCAAAGUGAAAAAGGCCGUUGAUGUUGAAACAAAAAUGUUUUUGGAGGAAGGCAAAGAAUCUCAGAAUUUAAACUGUACUCAAUUCCCAAAGGUUUCUGAAUUUAAAAAAUCCAAAGACAAGCAAAAACCCACUGCCAGCAAUAGUAAGUUUGUUGAUAAUACUAUUUGCCCAGAAGUGCAAAAAAUUAAAUCUGCUGAUCACCUGGUUUUUGGAGUAAAAUGCCAGUCCCUCGAUAAUAGUAAAAAUGAAAGUCAGAUUGACAAUUUGAGCAAUUUAAUUGAUCCUAAUCCAGAAAAUAACAGUUCAGUUUUUGACAUAAAUCUCAAUCAAAUCACUGCUGGUGAUAUGCUGAAAGCUCAUCAAGAACCUGCAUCAACUUUACAACUUUCAGAUUCCUUCUCUCAAAGCCUACAGCUAGAUUCUCCACCACUAAGUCCUGAAGCUCAGGAACAUGUUCAAUGUAUGCUACAACCUGAGAAUAAUUAUGAUGUUACUCUCAUGCCAUCUGAUGAUCAGGAAUUUAAGCAGAAUUUUCCAGAGCAUAAACAAAUUAAAAACAAUUUACCUGAACCUCCAGAGCCCUUUUCAGCUGUUAAGGAGAUGCAAGCAUUGCACACCACUUCAAUGGGCAAAGAGGAUGACUUUUUAGAAGGUGAAAAGAAAGCUUCAGUGAUGGAAGCAGAUAAGCAUAAAAAAAAACAAAACAGAGAAACAGAGAUGAAAAGCUAUAUGAGGCCUACACAGUCGAGGGUAGCUCAACAGUUAAGGGCUCCAGAGGCCAAAGUCACAGUGCCAAACACAUACAGUUUCUACAGAGGCCAGGCUGAACCAAGUCCCAAGAAACGGAUGAAAACAGAAGCAAAUGAACUGACUGUUCCUAAACUCCGGGAAGAAUCAAAUGACAAAAAUGAUAAAAAGCCCACAGCAAAUGGAAUGAGUGCUGCACCUAACAAAGAGUUGCCACCAAGUCCAGAGAAAAAGUCAAAGCCUUCUGCAGCCGCCACUCCAUCUGCUAAGCCAAGUUCUGCCAAAGCACGACCUUCAUCACUUUCAACUGCUGGUACAGCCAAGCGCCCUGUCUCUGCCAAUGCCACCACCCCAAACAAAAAAUCAUCUGUUCCCACAACACCUACCCCAACUUCCAGCUCAAAGAAGACAACUCCUACCACGCCCCGUCCCUCUUCUACAACACCCACUAUGCAACGCCCAUCCCCUACAACUCCCCGUGAAACCAAGCCUAAGGUUCCAACAACUCGAAACACAGUGAAAAGUCCAGAGAAGCCAUCAACAGUUUCAAAGACAACUUCAACUCCCCCACCAAAGGCUUCAGUGCCAAAGAGUAGCCCUGGAGUGCCUGCAACACCCAAAUCAAAUAGUGCUACCCGUACUCCUGCCCAGAAGAAUGCCACCACCACACAGAGGCCUACCUCCAUAAAAACUGAAUCUAAAGUAACAGAUGUGAAGAAAGCAAGUCCAGCAAAAUCUCCUUCAGGUACAAGCAAGACAAGGAUGACUCCAGUCAAUUCCAAGAGUAAUGCGACAACACCUAGUACUCCUGGAACAAACACCUCCAAAUCUGUUACACCCACUUCUGCUGAAAAGAAGACUCCUUUGGCCCGAACUGUUCCUAAAACUAGUCCAGCCCCUAAGGCCACACCCCGGCCAAACAGCACAACUCCUACAUCAGAUGUCAAGAAUGUUAAGUCCAAAAUAGGAUCUACUGACAAUAUUAAACAUCAGCCUGGAGGAGGCAAGGCAGCCGUGACAGACAAGAGUCGGGAGUCUAAAGGGCCUAAGAAAGAUGAUCCACUAACAGUAAAUCAAAUCUCUAAAAAUUCCAUAGUGAAAAAUCAAAGCUCCCCAAAGCAGAGUAUUGGGAAAGUUCAAAUAGUCAGCAAAAAAAUCGACUACAGUCAUGUCACUUCCCGCUGUGGCUCCAAGGACAAUAUCAAGCAUAUUCCUGGUGGUGGAAAUGUGCAGAUUCUAAAUAAAAAAGUAGACCUAAGCAAAAUUACAUCUAAGUGUGGUUCAAAGGAUAACAUAAAGCAUAAGCCAGGUGGUGGGGAGGUGAAGAUCCAAACACACAAGGCUGACUUUAAAGAAAAGGCUCAUUCAAAAAUUGGCUCUUUAGAUAAUGUGGGUCAUGCUCCUGGGGGUGGGAAUAUCAAGGCUGAGGGGGAGGAGGAGACAACUGUUGGUGUUCUGGUUUCCCCUGGUGGCGCUCUGACAGAAGCGCUGGCAGGGAGCAAGACUUAUGAGAAUGGAUUAAGGGAGACUCCGCCGUGUUCAGGGGAGCAAGGAGAAACUCAGGGCCUCAGCUCACAUAUACCUGAGACAAAUUGAGUGCCACAAGCUGAUGUUUCGCGAGAAUGCCCGGGCUCGCACAGACCAUGGCGCCGACAUCAUCUACAAAUCCCCGAGCAGCAGUAGCACCCCCCCAGCACGCAGCGUCUCACUGAGCGAGUGUCUUGGCUCUCCACCUGUUGAAGUACAACUGGCUCAAGAUGUCAGGAUCAUGCUGGAUGACCAGGAGUCGUGAUUUGUCUUCGCUCUAGUGUCUUUUAGCUGUUUUAGUCUUCUUUUUUUUAUUGUAAAUAGUCAAAUAGCUUGGAGGUAGGAAGUGUGGCUCUUGUGUUUGGUUUGUUUGCAGUAAAAGCACAUUUUUAUAUAAUCACAGUUCAAAAAAUACUGAGUUAGAAUUUUCAAUUUUAAGCUUUUGUUCUACCUAACCUAUUUUCAAGGAAACUGUUGGGAGUAUUUACUGCUGGAAUAUCCAGUUUUCAAAGAAUUAUUGUCAAAAAUUAUGCAGUGAGGCGAUUCAUUUGUGUGCCAUUGCUGUGGAAACUCCACCGCAUUUCCCAAACGUUGAGAUUAUUGACUUCUGAUGACACGUCUUUUAAAGCAGCGGGACAUCUAUUUUUAAACAUCCAGUGGUCUCCCAAGCCCAUGGUCGUCUUUGUAGCAUACCUCACACUGGGUGCUGUUUAAAAAACAGUGUUGUCCCACAAAUCUUGUCGAAUAGUUUCACACAGAAGAAAUAAACUUUGCACUAUUGAUAAGGGAUGUUGAAUUACCUAUAUUUGUGUAAGCCUUAAGCUAAAACUGGUUGUUUGACUUGUUUCAGAUUUUAGUUCACAAGUGUUGAUCCAGUUCUUCUGGCACUUAGAAUGACAGUAUUGCUACAUCCCCACAAAUUUAAUUACUUAUAAACUAAUGAAGGAUGGUUGUAUGUUUUUUUUUUUUAAGCAAAACCAUUAAAACACAAGAGCCAGGCUGUAAUCCUCCCUUGUACUACUUCAUCUUCUAAAUUCACAAAUUAGAAUAUGUUAUAUGUAAAAUGUGCUUUUAUAAAAAAAAUGUUUUGUGGUGAAGUGUUUAAUAUUCUUGUAUAAUUAAUUGUGCUGUUUUAGAUUUUUCUUCUUCUUAAAGCAAUAUGAUUGGUCUUGAUGCGGGUUGGGUGGGUGAAACACAUACAUUAGCAGGAUAAGGCUUUGGAGUGUAGGCUCUGAGAAAGCACAAAGAGUUUGCUGGACUGGGAGCUGUUGGCAGGAGCCUGGGAGAUCGAAGAGCAUGAUUAAGAAGUAUCUUCUUAUCUUUUGGCAGCUGGAAUUUAUCCUAUAAUGGCAUAAAUGUUAAAGACUGCACUUUACUCAACAUAGCAUCUUGUUUUACUUCACCUUCCUAGAAGUCUCUUUAGGACUAUCACAUCGAUUGUCUAAAAAAUUGUACAAUGGGCCCGAUCCUAGUAGCGUAUCAGUGAGUUUGCAGAACUAUGUAAAACUGACAGUACUUGGCAGAGGUCCAUCAUGCAUAAAAAGGAAAAGGAAAACAGCUUUGGCUUAUUAUUAAUUUUGGCUGGCACCAUAGAAAAGCACAGUAUGACGCAAUAUCUAUUACAAAGUACAAGAUGCAUCACAAGUCUGGACCCAUAGCAAAUAUACCAUGUUACUCUUAGAAGCACACUUCUGUCUUCUGUUUAAAUAUUUCAGAGGUAGAAAUAAGCUUAUAAUUAUCUGUACCAGUGGUCAACUAUUGCCUUCUAGACAAAUCCAACCAGUGGAAACUUUAGGAUCAUUUUUGUGUUAAAGAUGUCAUAACCAUGGUGGAAUAAAACCCUCAUCGUUUCUCCAUGGUCCCUUGUUAAAAUUUUAACAUAUGAUAAUCCCCACACAAUAAUAUAAAAAACUGGUUCUAGUAUGAUGCUUACAGUUACAGAAUUAUAUUACAUUUUAUUUGUCAUAAAAAGAAAUUAGAGGGAAUAAACUCUCAUCCGUGCUUUGAGGUCUUCUGUGAAUUAAACGAAGAAGGUUGGGUCAGGGUUUCCAUGUUAAGGAAUUUUCUAGGAAUCGAUACAUGGAUUAAUGUUAUUAGAGAGUAGUUAGCAGAAAAAAAAUAAUUACGGGAGUACAUUGUAAUAUCCCUUGUAAAAGCCCUGUACAUGUACAACAGUAGUUUAAAUAUGUGUUACAUAGAAAAAUUGUAAAUAAUCUUGGAGGAUAUUGCUGUUGUGCUAGGUCUGCUUGCACUAAACAGCAUAGUUUUAUAUAAUCAUGGCUAAAGAAACCCUUUCUCUAUAACAUCUGCAAAAAAUAAAAAAACAAAAGUUCAGUUUGUAAAUGACUGUAAUAAUAAGUGCCAAUCAUAAUAUACUUUAAAGUCAAAACGCAAAAGUAAAUGUUAUAAGUGAGAUGAUAACCUAAAUAAAGAUACUCCUGUGCAUUUGUCUGUGUGUAUACACACAAUCGUGGAGUACAUUCUUCCUGUGUGUGCAUGGAUUUUUCUCAGGGUAGUGUGGCUUUCCUCUCACAUCUCAAAGAUGGGUUAGGUUAGUUUGUCAUUCCAAAGUGGUACUCUGGUUUGUCUCCUACGUCCCAAAAACAUGCAUAUGAAUUGGUAAGUUUGAUUUGGCCUCAUGUGAAUGUGAGCAUAGGUAUGUGUGUGAGUGGGCCCUGCAAUGGACUUGUGCCCCAUCAGCAGUGGUUUAAACCUUGUGCCUGAUCCUGGAAGAAUCCACCUGACAUCCUGAUUAAGCAUGUCUGAGAAUAUCAUAAUAUGUAAAUGUUAUGUAUAGAGAACAAUAGGUCUCUUUGUGAAAAGACUUUUUACUCAUCCAUUCAUCAGGCCCAGAUGUAUCUAGCACAGAGUUGCGGAGAACUGGAGCCAUGGUCUGGUCACAGAUUCCUUGAACGGCAUACUCCAUGAUACUGGGCUAUUGAAUGAAAAAAAAAAUGAAAUAGUCACUUUAGCUGUUGAAUUAUGCAAAGUUGAUUAUUUUUAAACAGUUUUAUUUAAUGGCUUGGUUUAUAAUGAUAUAGUUCUUUUAAAGAUUCAUCUUGGAAAUAUCUCGGGCACACACCCAUUGACCUUUUCCCCUACAUGUGUUGCCUCAUUUUAAAUAUGAAACUGAUUUUGUUCAGUGACCAUUGCCUAUAUAGCAUACACUUUUUUGUAACAUUUAUGUUAGAAACAUAAACUAUUGGGGUUGAUACGUAAGUUUAUUAUUAAAGGUUUAGAAAAUGCUUGAGUCCAUUCGGACAUCACAAGGUGCAGAACCAACCACGCUUAGUCUACAUUUUGCCAAUGCAUUGCACACUAUUGUCUUAUUUAAUUCCCCCAAACAACCCUCUCCCACCACCCUCCACAAUAGCACUCUAGGAAAGUGGGCAACCCAGAGAAAAACUCGUCAUAUAAUAUGGGAGAAUAUGUGAACUCCUCUAUACACACUGACAAGGCUGCCAUUCAAACUCUGAAUGGUGACCACUUUGUAAGAUCUUAGUACUUAACAAAAACAAAAAGUUACCUGGAAAGUCUUCUAGUGAAAAGUAAAAAGUCAUUUAAUUGCACCUUCAGUGGCUCGUGCCAGGUUAUAGGUAGUAUUUCACUUUUACUAGAAAGUCAAACAGAAUGUGAACCAGAGGGAUUUUCAAGCAUUCAGACCCUCUUCUGCUAUCGUUACUUUCCUUGUUUUCCCCUUUUUUCCUAUUUUAUUAAAGGUGCUACUUAAUUAUAAAUAUGCACAGGUUGGCAUUUUAACAAAGAAGUGACUGAAAAAUGAACUAGAAAGGUAGGAAAGCAGAAUUUAAUGCUGAGCUCUGUAAACUGCAGAUAUAUUAAACAGAUUUCUGAAUUUCAUAUGUAAAUGAAAAGCAAAUUGAUUUUAGUUUCUGAGGUGAUAGGUGGAGAUAUGGUGAAGGCCACCUGAUAAAACAAAACGUCCAUUUAACAAGACUUGACAUCAAGAACUAAUUGAUCAUAAGCAAUCUGUGAUCCUCUAGGACAAAGAGUGGACACUUUUGUGAACUUUUUUUGAACUUCAUUUUCAGACAGUGUGAGUAAAGGAAAGUAAUGAGAGCAGUUCACCCCUUGAUGAGAGUAGAACAACAGAAGACUGCUGGCCACUUUAUGGUAUGAUAACAAUUUAGAAAGUUCCUUUUACAGCAUUAGACUUUGAAGUUUAUGUAGAAUUUAAGCAUUAACUGUGCACAACAUUAUCUUUUAGUGCUACGAAGGAGUCUAUAUGUACCCCUUCUGUUAAUCAUGACAAAAAUUAAGUUCCGGAACGCUUUCUCUGCCUUUUCUCAACCUGUGUCUUUAUUUCUUCGAAGUAUUUCUGUAGUAAUGUUUUGAGAGUUUUUUGUGAAUUUUUAUAUCUUGUGCAUUUAGUUUACUGUUUAAAAAAAAUGAUGUGCACACCUACAUUUAAUUGGCAAAAGCACCUGCUAAAUAAAGUAGCUAAAAUGUCACAAAUUAUAUAAACAAUGUAAAACGCUAAUGCCUUUUUGAAAUUUGUGUCCCCUAUUCCUGAGCAUAAAAGUAUUUCUUGCUUAGUUUGCUUUUUAAUGGUUAUUGUGAGAGGAGUCAUUUGGUCACAGUGAACAUUCAAGAGAUGAUUAAUUUUUUUAUAUAAAUAUAUAGACAUCAUGCCAAACUCAUUUUAUUUUUAAUUGGCUUCCAUUGAUUUACUAUAAAUAAAAAUGACCUAACAAGAGAGUUAGAGAUGUGUUACAUGGUUAUGUUCCUGUCGUGUACUUUCAAACAUGACAGCUGAGAGUACCCAGCCCUGAUCCCUAGCCAGACGCUUGCAUGUGCCAUUCUAGCUGGAGAAAAUGCAAUAAUAUUCCUCUUUUGCUACCUGAGAUAAAGUUAGAAUGGAGCUGUGGUUCUGAUUGAGUACAGUGUUUGUAGAUUUGUUUGUUCGUUUGUUUUUGUUCUUGUUCUCUUUCUCUCAAUAAAUAUUUUCUAGUUUCUAGUCAAGGCAAAGGCUUGUUAAAUCUUGUCUUACCUGCCCAUGGUGCCGAGUCUCUGCUUGGCACAUUGUGUGUUAGCAGAGCUUUCUCCAUUGCGUUUAACAUUGUGUUCUUGGUGCCACGCUCAUGUGACAGAGUGUUUGUGUCUGCCACAUAAUAAACUGUAGAUUUACAGCUGCUUCCAUGCUCCUCUGCUAUAUCUUCACAGACGACGUGUACAUAUAUUUAAAUACACACACAGGCAAGCGCAUGUUUCUCUUUAGCUUAAGCUGCUGUUGACUACAACUCCCGCUUCAUGCACCUUUAACAUUACCGAAGGGAUUUUCAUAAUUUUUUUUUGUUUCUUAAAAAAAUAUAUAUAUUUUGCCCAUUUGAGGGUGUGAGUAAAAGAAUGUGUUUUGAAAUAAAUGCAUACAAGUGACUUUCAUUGUUCAAAAAAUAUGAUUUUCUGUAGUGCAAAAAGGUAUUGUGUCCUGGCUGGGCUGUAACAAAAAUUUGUGUUCAUACAAGUGGCUACAAACUCUCUGCACGAGGUUCCUUCUGAUGCGAAAGUCUCAGCCACUUCUUUUCAUUUCCAUUUGUGAUACGAGGUUUUUAAACAAACUUUCAGUUGGUUUUGUUCUAAUGUGUCUGUUUGGUUAAAGAUUAUCUUUCUCCUUUAGCUGCCAUUAGAAUUUGAAUAUCAUUGAGGUUUCCUUAUUUUGUAUUUUUUUUUUCCUUUAAGAAAGCACAGCCCUGGCUCAGUUGCCUUCACAUUUGAGAAGCGUACAUGGGUCUUGUUAGGUGUGACCUUUUGGUUUUGUGAACUUUAACAAUGUAGCUGGUGUGACAUUAACUUGGACAGCUGGCUUUUGCUCUCGUAGUUCUACAUAGCAGAGCUGCAUGAUGCUUUAAAUGAGAUUCCAUGUUCAGCCAGUGCACAUCAUCCUCUUUUGCAGCAUUCUUCCUCUGUAUUUCCUGGAGAAGUGUCUUAGAUGGGGUGUCUUGGGCUGAGCUUUGCUUUGGGCCUUGUAACCAUCCUGUGCAGAUGACAUGACAAAAGCAGACACUUUGCUUUCAACCACACAUUUUAGUUGCAAGCUCUCUUGGUCUUUAUUGUGGUACUUGUUAACUCGUGGAAAUACACUCUGAAUAAACAGAAUAAAAACAACAAAAAAAAAA